AUGAUGGAGCCGUCGCCGGUGUAUCGGAUGCCAACGUCGACGGUGGCCUACUACUAUGACAACGAUGUAGGCAAUUUCUCGUAUGGAUUUGGCCACCCGAUGAAACCGCACCGCAUGCGCAUGACCCACCACCUUAUCACGAGCUACGGCCUGGAUAAAAAAAUGCAGGUCUUGCGCCCGAAGCAUGCGACCAGGGAGCAAAUGACCCAAUUUCACACGGAUGAGUACAUAGAUUUUCUGCAUCGCGUCACUCCGGAAAUGGUGCAGGAUCUGACAGGGGACGGGACGCGGUUCCUGAUCGGUGAAGACUGCCCCGCAUUCGACGGUCUGUUUGAAUUUUGCAGCAUAUCCUGCGGCGGGAGCAUCUCUGCGGCGAAUCGGCUCAAUGAGGGCUUGACAGACGUUGCCAUAAACUGGUCGGGUGGCCUGCACCACGCAAAAAAGCGCGAGGCGAGUGGCUUCUGCUACACGAAUGAUAUCGUGCUUGCCAUCCUCGAACUGCUACGCGCGCACAUGCGUGUCCUCUACAUUGACAUCGAUGUGCACCACGGGGACGGUGUGGAGGAGGCAUUUUAUACCACAGAUCGCGUCAUGACCUGCUCUUUUCACAAAUUCGGCGACUUUUUCCCGGGCACGGGCGAUGUGCGCGACAUUGGCCUGAACAAAGGCAAGGCGUAUUCGGUCAAUGUGCCGCUGCGCGAUGGCAUCGACGCAAAGUCUUUUGGUGCCAUCUUCCGCCCGGUCAUACAACACAUCAUGGACUGGUACCGUCCUGGCGCCGUUGUCCUCCAGUGCGGCGCCGACUCGCUUGCGGGCGAUAAGCUUGGGUGCUUUAACUUGAGCAUGCACGGGCACGCUGAAUGUGUCGAGUUUGUCCGCUCGUUUGGCGUGCCGCUCAUCUGCUUGGGCGGCGGAGGAUACACGGUGCGCAACGUCGCGCGCACCUGGGCAUUCGAGACGGGUCUGCUUGUCGGCGAGACGCUCGGCGAGAAUCUGCCGUUCAACGACUAUAUCCAGUACUAUGGCCCCGAGUACAAGCUCGACGUGCCUAUCACAGGCAUGGAAAACUUGAAUACACCCGAGUACCUCAACGGGCUCCGCACGCAGAUUAUCGACCACCUGCGCAGCAUGCCUUUUGCGCCAAGCGUCCAAAUGCAAGAAACCCCGCGCCAUUCAUUCAACCCUGCCGAAACGAUGGACUUGUCGGACGACGAAGACUCGGACCUCGACGAGCGCAUUACACAGCGGGUGCGUGACUAUCAUACACAGGCACAAAACGAUGCACUGAGCGACGACGGAAGCGAUGCGCCCGCACAGAUGCAUGCGUACGACGCAGAUAUGCUGGCGAUGCGUGCGCCGCCCAACGUCCCUGCGCGCACACACGACUGGGUUCACUCGAUCUACGCGCCGCCUGUCGUGCAGUACGGCACGCAGCCGCUGCUGCCUAUCCCGCAAGCAUAA